UCAGGCACGGAAAAGAGUACCCGACAAAGGAGUUUCCAGCCAAUAGAAUCGCUGUGGGGUCCUAACUAAGGCAACAAUUCUGUGUACAGGCGAAACUUCAUAUUAGAAGCUUGAAACGACUGUUUUACAACAAACCUUCAGAAAAAAUAGCAAUUGCGCAUUCAGGUUACACUCCUCCUGUCCAGCAGGUGGCAGUAAUGCACCGAUCGGCGUGUGACAUCAAACUAAAGUAACGCUACAACUAGAACGAUUCGACGAAGACAACAGCAUGAGGGCUUUGUCACUUUUGAAGAGGUACAUGUCAAACGUGCCAUGGCCCAUAUGGCAAAAGGGAUAUCGCUGGAGCUCCUCUGUACAGAAACUGGAGUCAAACAAAACCCUCCUGAAACAUCUUGCUUAUAAAAUCAAUGCCACGGGUCCUAUUUCAGUGGCUGAGUAUAUGAGGGAAGCCCUCACCAAUCCAGUUUCAGGCUAUUACACAAGGAAUGACAUGCUUGGACCAGACGGUGAUUUCAUUACAUCACCAGAGAUCAGUCAGAUUUUUGGUGAGCUGUUAGGUGUCUGGUGUGUCAGCGAGUGGAUGGCAGCUGGAAAACCCAGCGUGUUACAUUUAGUGGAACUUGGACCAGGCAGAGGCUCAUUGGCCGGUGACAUCCUGAGGGUGUUCACACAAUUGAAAUCUGUCCUAGGUGAGGCUGAGGUGUCCCUUCACCUGGUUGAGGUCAGCCCAAAAUUAAGUCAAGUUCAGGCGGAGCGUCUCACCAGAGAUCAGCAGCAGGAGUUUGAUGCUAAGGAAGAGCUGGUUUACCGCAGUGGCACCACACACACGGGUGUACCUGUAUGCUGGUAUCGCAGGAUUGAGGAUGUUCCGAAGGGUUUUAGUAUCUUCCUCGCUCAUGAGUUUUUUGAUGCUUUGCCUAUUUACAAGUUUCAGAAAACAGAAAAAGGCUGGCGAGAGGUCUUGGUUGAUGUUGAUGCUGAAAGUCCAGAUAAACUGAGAUUUGUGCUUUCUCCAAGUCCCACACUGGCCUCUGCCACAUUUGUACAGCUUGAUGAGAAAAGACAGCAUGUGGAGGUGUGUCCAGAGGGAGGAGUCACCAUUCAAAAUCUGGCCAACCGGAUUGCGGAGGACGGGGGCGCAGCCCUGAUCGCCGACUACGGACACGAUGGAAUAAAAACAGAUACAUUCAGAGGCUAUAAAGGGCAUCAGCUGCACAAUGUUUUGGAGGCACCAGGCUUGGCAGAUCUGACAGCAGAUGUGGAUUUCGGGUACUUGAGGAAGAUGGCAGGAGGUCAGGUGACCUGCUUGGGACCAAUCACACAACAAUCCUUCCUGAAGAAUAUGGGCAUUGAUACACGAAUGCAGGUCCUCCUGAGGAGCUGUCAUGACAAGGACACCCAAGCACAGCUCAUUCACAGCUAUGACUUUCUGACCAACCCUAAGAAAAUGGGACACAGGUUUCAGUUCUUCUCUGUGCUGGGUCGAGGCCGGCUGGCUCAGAGUAAAGGGCGUCAGAAGACUGGGACACCACCGCCCGUGGCGGGCUUUACUGAAUUGGACCAGCAGUGAUUGAGCUGAAGAGCUAGAUGAACGACUUGUUUUGUAUGAUAGAUGCAUCCCUGUGCUGGAAAUGUGCUUUGGAUUGGAUGAGUGUUUCAUUCAGGUCUGAAACAUACGGUUUGAUUGAAAUGUUUCCUGUAUUUAUUAAAGUAUCAAUUAAUGUAAACAUAGCAAAAUUUAUUUUUGCAAAAUAUGAAGUGUAAAUACAGUGUUGUGUUGGAAGCUUUCUUUGUUAUGUUUAUUUAGAAUAUUUGUGUGUGCGAUAUUAUAUAUAUAUAUAUAUAUAUAUAUAUAUAUUUAAAAUAUUGAAUGAAUGAGUUUAUGACAGAAUACAACAUACAUAAAACCUUGGAAAAAAUAAAAGACCAUUCGAAAUUUUCUUUUAUUCAGUAUUUCUAGAUGUAUUGUGGCCAGUCCAGUGUCUGUUGAAUAUCAACAAAAUCAAACCUCAGCGUGAGAAGUCUUUUUUACACCCAAAAAUAUUUUUGCACUUUUCCUGAAUUCAUGUACAAAUAGGACUGUUGAUCAAUGAAAAGUGAGUAUAAAAAUGUUUUCUGUGCAGUCUUUGACAUAUGAAAUGAUGACCUGUUCCUCAGAUUUUCUUUUUACAAAUAAAUGCAA